AUGAAAUACUUUCCAACCAUAUUCUAUGGUUUCUUAUUAUUUAUUAUCGCAUCAAAUGUUAAGGCCAAACCUUAUGAUUCAAUUUUGAGGUUUAUUCAAAGCCAUUCUGAUGAAGAUGAAGAUGACUAUGACAAAGAAGAAGAACAACAUGAAGAAGAUGAAGAACAUGAUGAGCAUGAAACGAAUUUUAAAGAUGAGGAAGAUCACCCUGAUGAUAAAGAAAAUGGAGAGAAACGAUCAUUGAAUGAUCAAGACAAUGUAGUUGCUUCAACUGAUAAACCUCUGGUAGAGGAACCUAAAAAGUCUCCUUCAUGGGUCGAUGAAGAGGAUUUAAUUUCUGAAUUCGAGUCGUCACAAUCAGAACGAGCUAAGGAGCUAUCAAUUAAAGCUCUUCAGAAAAGAAGAGCCGCAAAUUCUCUGAGAGUUUAUUGCGAAGGGAUUGAACAAGAGCUUGAAAAGGCCAAGAAAAAAACAAAUGGGAUGCAGAGGCUUGAUAAAUACAAACUAACUUCACAGCUCGAGUCAAACCUUGCAAGAGCAUAUUUAUUAUACAAGCAGGCAGAUUUACUUGAUCAAAAAGCACAAGAAGCAAAUAAAUCUCUGGAGUUAUUACACUCAAAUGAUAAAGAUAGUGUGAUUCUAAGAGACUGCAAUAUGUUAAAAAUCGGCCCACUGUCGUAUUCUUCCAGGGGAGAUAAUGUAAUUCACAAAACGAAGGAACCUCUAAUGGCCAAGUUAACUGGAAAUUCUCUAGUUCUAUACCAUAACAAAAUCCCCAAAUUGACUUAUUACAUUGUUGACCUAGAAAUGCCUACAAAACCUGUUGAAUCAGCUUCUAGAUGCUUUACCUUCGCAUACCGGGGUGCAGAUCAAGUGCUUUGUUCAGCAACUGAAGAAUCUGCACACACUUGGAUGAAUGCUAUAACAGAAGCUUGGUUUUGUAAGAAUCUGGGUAUUAAAGGAACUCUGAUCAGUUUGAAAAAUAUUAAACCAAAGAAAGAGGAACCCGUGCCAUUACUUAAACAUGCAGUUAAAGAGAAUAAAAACAAAGGUCUAAUUAAUAUGGAAGUGUACGUUGACGAUGAUAAAAAAACACACCUAUUGGUCGAAGGCAAAGAAAAACCAUUAUCAUCAAUUUCAGAUAUAAUUGAUGUCAACAGAAUAGUUAAAGAGAAAAAAGAAAAUAAGAACAAAAAGGAAUGA